AUGCUAAAUACGGGUGUUCUACUUGUGCUAUGCUGGACUUUGGCCACAUCACAAAAUCGGUUCCAAGUCGCCGCACAGGUCAACUGGUCUGGCAGCGAAGUAAGCUGUGGUAUUGGUCAAUUUUCUUGCGAUGGCCGUUGCGUGCCACUAAAAUGGAAAUGCGACGGUGAACCAGAUUGCGCGGACGGGUCGGACGAGUUGUCCUUUUGCGCGCGAUGUGGUUCGGACGAGUUUCGUUGUCAGUCUGGGCGUUGCCUUCCGAAACGGUAUCUUUGCGAUGGUACCGCUGAUUGUGGAAGUAAUGGCAUUGAUGAUGACUCGGAUGAGGAUCCAUCUAUA